AUGGCGCAGCAUGCCAGAGAUGUCGGUUCGCAUCCCGACGAACCUCCAGCGAAGCGACGCACGCUCCAGAUCAAGCUAGGUCGACCACGUCCGUCAUCAUCCGACUUGCAACAGCCGGAGCAGCAGUCCCCUUCGCUCAAUCGCAAUCGACAGGGCAACCCGCUCGGCAUUCGCAUAUCGCUCAAGAGGAAGCCGUCCAUCGCCGAAUCGCAAGCAACUCCUCCUCGCUUUGCUCCUCACUUCGCCGAGGAUCAGGAAGACGAGGAGCAGAACGAGGACGACGAAGAUGACGAUCACCAGAUAGGCACCGUCGAUGCGUCUGAGCAAGAAGACAACGACGAUGACGGCGAUGACGACGACGACGGAGAAGGAGAAGACGAUGAAGAAGACGAUGAACAGCACGAGAACGGUGGCGACGACCACGAUGGAGAAGAAAUGGAGGAAGACGAAGAAGAUGUUGGAGAAAUGCAAAGCGGAGACCACGGGGGAGGGAGCAGCUCUGCUGCCAACGGUGAUGCAGCAUUGAACCCGCGCAGUCGUGGAAGUAACGGCGCCUUCAAGACUACUUCGUCAGGCAACGGCCAGAUUUCUCGCCGACCCAUCAAGCGACUGCGAUCCAAAGGCCUGUACGAAGCGCUGCCCAAGCUCAUCGAGAACCUUCAACGUCGCGACAGCUACAAGUUCUUCUGCGAGCCCGUCAACCCAGACGAGGUACCCGGCUAUGCCGACGUCAUCAAGACGCCCAUGGACUUCGGCACCAUGCAGAGCAAGGUCGACCAGCGUCUCUACAGCCACAUUGACCAGGUCAAGGCUGACUUCCAGCUGGUCAUCUCAAAUGCGAUGACGUUCAAUCCGGAGGGCACGCUCUACUACAACGAAGCCAAGCGUAUUGGCGCUUGGGGUAACCGCGCGAUAGAGCGAGAAGGUAUGGCUGUCAACGACAACGGUCGUGCGGGUGUCAAGGGCGACGAGCUCCGGCGGCAGAAGAGGCUGGCGAGAGAGGCAGCGGCUACCACCUCUGCUGGCGUCCUGGACGGGCCGUCUUCCACGAGCGAUGGUCCCGGUCGAAGGCAGCUUCGUGCAUCCACAGCUUUCCAGCAGCAGUCAGUAGACGAUGCAAAUAUGCAACAACUCACCAACCAAGAAGACGCCGAGGAUAUGACGACACGUUCGGCUGCUCGGGGAUCGCGCUUUGCCUUUAGCGCAGGUAUUGAGGCAAUCAUGGAGGCUGCGAGAAGCACGUCCCAAGCACGGCAACGAGCUGCGAUUGCGCUUGGCUUGACGGGUGGGACGCUGACACGCGAAGACUCGGUGCAGCCCGGCGCUGGCGUCAAGGUUGAGGGUGACAUGGAUCUCGACGAUGAUGAUGACGACGACGCCUCGGAUGAGGAUGGUGGCAUGCGCGCUGGCAUGAAUCGAGAGCGCUCUGUCACGGUAGACGGGGUUGCCGGCAUCAGUGGUCGACGUUUCGGCUCGUCUCAGCCCGGCGGAACUCCAUCAACACCCAUGGGACAGCGACAGGCCAGUCCCAGUGCGUUGAGGAGACGACUAGCAGCAGUGACGGGCACGCCUCUACAGGCGCUGGCAAGUCCGAUGGGAGCAACCGUGACUGCAACAGGUGGGACAAGCAGGGCUUCCAAACAUGUCAAACACAAGCAACGUCUCGGUGCUCUUGGAACUCCGAAACGUCUGCUCGCACGCACAGGUUUGGCAGGCUCAGCGACGCCGCUUGCUGGAACCCAAUCCGCAGGCAUAUCAACCGAUGCCAUUGGUGCCCCCCUCGACCCAGCUGGCUCUGCUGCUGCCGCCGCUCAGCUCAUCGCCGAACUGUCGCAGACCCAGCUCCAACCAGCAAAUGCCCACUAUUCCUUCGACGACGAUGGCUCGAUCAAUCCCGACGACAUUGACGACCUGCAGGCUUUCCUGACGCUGCAUCGCAGCGGUCGAAACGUGUUGAUGCCGAUCAUCGAGUCGCUUCAUCCCAUUCCUUUCGUCCCGGGCGACUACGUCACUAGCAGCAGUGCAGACGAUCAGAGCAAAGACCAGGAUAGAGAGCAGGAGCGCUCAAAGGAAAAGGAGAAGGCGAAGGACAAGGCCGCAGCAGAUGACGGCGAAGACGACGAUGAAGAUGGCAAAGGUGAUACCAGAGAAAAGGGCGACAAGGAUCCGCUUUCGACGUUACCGCCUGCGCGUCCUGGUGCGCCCGACCCACUUUAUACAGCCAUCGCACCCGAAGCCGAGCCACAGCGUAGCAAUUUCAGCCACGACGUUGAGGCGCUCCCCCCUCACUUCCGCAAUCUGCCGUUCUACGCUCCUAGCUUGCCUAGCAAGUCGCUGCAGGAUCGAGACGCGUAUAGCUUGCUUCACUCAUGGGACAAUCCUGCCUACACCGAAGCUCUCAAGAACGACAAGAGGCCGAAGAAGCAAAAGGACAAGGAGCGCGAGAAAGAACGCGAGACUCUCGAGGACUGGAGCUACUUCCGACCCACUUUGACACGUCUUCUCGAUAUCACCGACCUCGGGCCGUUGGGUGCUCUAGUGCCGCGCGUUGAGGGCGGAGGAUCGUCCGCACCGGCCAAGACCAUGGCCAAAGGGAAGGCUGCAAAUGACGACAGCAAACGUCAAGCAGCAAUCCCGUCAUCGGACGCCUUCUCCACGGCUUUGCUAGGAGAGCAAGGCAUUGAAGCUAUCAAGGCCGAACUUAGACAGGAGCAACACGGUCAGACGCAUGCGAGGGAGAUCCUCAGGCGAUCUGUCGCUCUCGCAAAGGCUGGCAAUGGCGAGAUAUCACUAGCAGAGCGGCAAGCCGCGAGUCAGAGCUUGUCAGAUGUGGUAUACGCAGGAGUCGCCGGAAACGCCUACAUUCGCAGCGUCGGCGAGUUUGUGGGUGGUGCGAUUCACCAUGCCAUGCUGCUGGACGAAGUCGACGACGAGCAGGAUCAGCAGAUCGCAGAAGCAGAGAAGAGCCUGAGACUGGCGGCAGCGCUGCGCAAGGCGAAAGAGACGGAAGCGACGCCAGAACCGACCGCUGCUUCUCGUCGCGGACCUUUCAUGUGGCGUGACACGACCGAGGAAGCGGCAGGGACAGCUACGCCAUCUGGUGCCGCUGAGCAUGACAUAGCCUCCGGCGCACAUACAAUCGCGAACGCGACCCCUGCGCCCGAAGCCGAAGACGGUGCUGUCGACCCGGCCAUCUCCGAACUGCUCCAGGAACUCGAGAAAGUGGAAGCACCGUUGGCUCCCCUAUCAAAGCCACUGGCGCAGGUGGUGGAGGAAGAGAUCGUCCUGCCCAUCACCGGCCACACGCUCGACAUCCUGCAUCUUGUCGCCGUUCAGAUCAAGGCACUUGGCUACGAAGGGCUUGAUAUCGAGGAGAUUGAGGCACGUCUGUUGAAGGACAGGAUCUGGCCACAAGCGCCGGAAGCUCAUGGCGCUGAUAUGCAUGCAGCUCGUCCUGCAAAGGCGUCGGUCGCGUCCGCAACGUCCAAUGCUCCUGCUGGUGCAACUGCACUCCCGCCAGUUCCAUUCGCAGCGGAGCUGGCUUGGCUCAAGGAUCAACCGGAGCUCUCUGGGCUUCUCGACGAAGCGCGUAUGGACGUCAACAGCUUGGGCUCGAUUGUCAACUAUGUCAUUCAAAGCGCCUGA